CUUUAAAAGUUUCCAGUUCACCUUUGCAUCCCAAGGAACGUAUUCCAGGAGAUCCAACGUAAAGACCAUGGGAUAAACACACAAUUGACACAAGUCACAGUCAGGUACUUCGCUAGGUUAGCGAACGCGAAAACAGUAUGUAGCGAUUUGUUUUUAUAUAUAUAUAUCUUCUUAACGAUACAGAUAUCCCAGUUCCAAAUCACACCAUUUACUACAGGGGAAAGCACAAUAUUGGUAGCGUGAAUCACCCAGUGUCGAACUCUGGAACAAUAUCUGUAUACUGCUGGAGACGUUCGCUACUAUGGAUUCUUUUGAAUGUCAGCUCGGUCAGUCCGUGUCAUUCAGUAGUAUGUUUGGGAAAACCACUAGUUAGCUCUGAACUUCGAAUAACCAAGAAAAGUCCGAUUUUUAAGGUUCAACAAACAGCAGCAACAGUUUUAUUAAAAUAGAGUGACAGGAGUAUGUUGAUAUAUAUAUAUAGGUAAAAGUGCCAGUACUGUGUACAAGCACAACAUCUGUACUUCAGAUGGUUCAGAUAACUGUGUUAGGGAUAUCUCAGAAAGGUAUUAAACCUAGUACUGCUGUGAUAGUGGUAUGUCCUACUGGUGUCAUAUAGACAAUAUGUCCGCCAUGUGUGGGGACAUUAUCCGUAAAUAAUACUUUCAGGUCUUCUCUGGGAGUAACAGUUCCAGAAUUGGUCCAGUAAUAACUUGGGAAAACAAGUUCCAAAUUCUGGGACUCGGCGUCUCACUGUGCCGAAACUGGGAAUCCCAGUCCCACUAUUGCUCAGGGGCACUUAUGCACAAAUUCUCCCAGUAUAAAUGUUUCAGCUCAUACUUGGGAAUUAUAAAAUUUUGGUCCAGAAAAUCCCAGUGACAAACUAUUGAGAUAUACUGUCUCAAUCAUGGUUGGGAAUAUCAGUCUCACAGCCUGGGAAAGUCAGUCCCACAGCCUGGGAACACUUGUGUCACAAUUUGGAACUAGCAGUCCCACUGUCUCUAGGUAUGCUCUAAAGCUGAAAUCCCACUGCAGUGCUGACAACUUAUCUAGCUACCACUUCACACUGCUUAUAUACAUGUAAAAUACCUGCCUUAGAAAGCUAACUAGGUGGAAAUUUAGAUGUUAACACGACGGUGGUCCGAGAUCAUCUGGGACUAAAAAGUGGGAAUUUGCCCGGUAUUUAUAGUCUCCGCUCAUAAAUAUUCAUGAGUACCAAGGCUGGUACUCAGAGCACUGAUUGGCUAAUACCAAAGUAACAACAUCUGUGUAUAGAAAUACUAUACAUGUACAUGCGUAUCUAAUGUCAUGGCACAUUUUUCUUUCUUUUCUUAAUAAUGGAAAGAUGAACAAUAACUUGCAGGUAGAAAGAAGAUGAGCCUGUGGAGUGAAACUAUUUACUUUCGCAAAUACAAGUUAAUGCCCCUUUUGAAACUCUUCAAUAUGAGUUUAACACUAAAGGAUGUCGUAAAGUAGACAACCUCGUCUAGCGGCAGUUCCCCGUGAACGACGAUCGUGCGCGGCGAAGCAACAACAACAACCACAAAAAAAAAUGAUUUAGUGUCUUAAACUUGGUACAAAGGACGUUUUAUGCCAAAAUCAUGCCACAGUCAGUGAGUACUAAUGUUGUUUUCACUGGAAAGAUGCCGUACGUGGUUUGUUACAGCAAAAAUAUGUCCAAAAGUAAUGGAAACUCUACUCGAAUUUGUCACUUCAAAAUAUUAACAAUGGCGGAUGUUUCGCCAAACUUAAGGUCGCUAAAAAAAACUGUUGUUUGCAACCUAGUCAAACAAUAUCUGAUCACCAAGCUUGGAGAGAAACUCCUUCAACAUGUCAGUGUAUUAUACGUGAAAUAUGGUGUUCUAAUUAAGUCAUCAAAUGUUAAUAUUCUUACGUUGGAAGGGACAGAGGUCCACGGAAACUAUGUCCUUCAAAAGUUACAUUAAGGCGCCAAAAACAACUUGCUCUCAUGAGUCCACAAAAUAUCCUGUCUCUGUAUGUUACAAAAAAAAAACAAAAAACAUAUAUACAUAUUUCAAAAUAUUCCACAAAAAUUCUAAUUUAAUUUGAGGAUAUGUCUAACCCAUAAAAAUUUACAUUCUACUGGUAAAACCUGUGUCUACGUUAUGGACAAGGCAGAAAAUUAACCCCUAACCUACCAUGCAAUUAUAUGAAAUCAUAUACUGUCUCCAACAAAAUCGCCACAAGUACACAGGUUACACAGAACUGGAACAGUCAAGCCUUUGAAUGACGUCACACCCGCAGAGCACAACACAGGGUAAAUACAGGCAUGGAGGUAUAAUCCACUUUAGAACGGUCACAGCUCCCGCAGAAACUCACAAACUAGCCGUUCAGAGACGUAGAGUAAUGUCACCUUGUGGCAGAACGAACGUCCUUUGUGCAAAACUGAAAACUUCAGUUUAGAGUCCUUGACAACCUUGUCGGUCAGGUGAGGUCAGCGUGUUAAACAAACUACACAGUCAACACUGUAUAAUCAUAAUAAAGAUCCGAACACCAAUAAACGUGACUUCCGCAGAAAUUCACAUAAACCAGACAUCAGUACAACUGUGGUACACAAACGGUGCCAGCAUAAAAAUCUGUCCUCCCAAAUGAAACUGGCAUCACCAGCUCAUAUCAAAAUAAUGGACUCGAUACGAGAGCGUCGCAUACUCUCCUGGCUCCCAGUGGAUGCAGCAAAAAUACCUCCCCUCUCUGCACAGAAAACACGGCUUAUAUACGUUCCAGGUGGAUUCAACUAUUUUUAAACACAGAAUUAACAGCCAAUGAACAGCCAAUAAAAUAAACAAAGCAUUGAACAAGGUGCUUUCCAUCCGGUCCGCGCUGUACAUAUAUAACAGGGCCUGUUAUGCUUUCACAAAGAUCCGCAGACUAACAGUACAUGAAAACGUUAAAUAGUCAUACAUAACAUAGUAUUGACUAUAUUGCAAUCAUUGUUAGCAUGAUGUCACUUGGUUUCUAGAUGUCAUGCUUAAACGUUACAUGCAUUAUGGUCUGACUGUCAGGCUGACCUCUCAACUUCAACCUACCUUGACCUACAUGUAUGUGUACAGGUCACUGUGUACACAUAUGGACACACAUGUAACAUGUCUAUUAUAUAAUUGGGUUAAUAAUCAUGUCCAACACCUUAACUUGUUUAACUUACCUGUUAUGACCAUAUGGCGCUUCUAUUAAGUCUUUGUAAGCUAAGUUCUAAAUUAUUUACUCAUUAAUACUUGAAAGCUCUAGUAGCUCUCCUGAUUCCCUCCAAGACAGCCGAGCAGUCAAGACGUGUUUUGCUAAGAUCACAGCCAGUCUUCAUUCAUUUCACCCAGGUGCUGUACCGUCUUGACUGCCAGACGUUACCCUCCAGGCUGCUUCUCCUUGUGAGUCCCUCAGCGGGAACACUAUCCAAACUCAGAAGGAAGGGAAAGGAACAUAUUUACAGAUACCCCUACUCUUAUACUGAUUACCUCUGUCUCAAAUAAUAAAUUCUCAGGCUGUGGCACUUGUGAAAACCCACCAGAGCAUUUGCGUUCUUUGUCCAGCAUAUAUUUAACACUUGUUCCCCCAAAAGCCAGUCACGUGUCCACCCGACAACGUAAGAUAGUCUCGUAGGUGAUUCAACCGCAGACAAACAGGUCUUACACUUACACGGUACACACAUGAGGUUUUGAGGUGCCGAAUAGGAGUCCGUGGGUCCGUGGGACCUUCUAAUGCUUUGAAAGACUAGAAAACCAACAACGCCAGCCAAGAGCAUCAAAACCAACGUCAGUAAGAUGCAGCGAACACUUUUGGUGUACGAAGGUUUGUGUCUAGGAGUUCUUCUGCCAACACGGUCCUGUUCCACAUCGGUAUCUGCCGACAACGUCUGUGUCACACGACGCGGCAAAGCCUUCUCCGCGGAUGCCAUACCUACACCAUGCUGCUGGUCUCACUACUGACGAACUAGAAGUGGGCAAACUGGGCUUUGCCACGCACCUGCCUGAUUCUUGCAACCAUGGAGAACACAUCCAACUCAGAAUAGACUGAAAUGCUUUCACAUUACAGAGAUGUACCAAAUCUUGCACCAAAGACGACAACUUGUGGAAGAACUGUAUUUCCCCAACCCAACAAUGAAAUGCAGCCAGCCAUUAACAAUCAGAUGUGCAGCCUUAUCAACGCAAUAUUUGGCACAACUCAAGAAGAGGCUGAAAAAAUUGAGAUGUCAACACGGGACCAAGCAGACAGCGCUAUGUGGUUUGAGGAAAGACGAAAUGGUCUGACAGCUUCACAGUUUGCAAAAAUUUGUAAAAGGAAAAAGGAUAUCAAUGAAAAAUUCAUUAACAGUUUAUUUGGAGAAGUUAAUACCUUUACAUCUCCAGCAACAUCGUAUGGUAGGGCCAAUGAAUCUGUUGCCAAGCAAGUAUACUUGGCCAAAAAUACAAACAUUCACAUUCAUGACUGCGGGCUGGUUGUCAAUCCACAAUUCUCGUUUUUAGCUGCAACACCUGAUGGUAAAAUUUGUAUCAAUGGCCAGACGGGAAUACUUGAAAUAAAAUGUCCUUACUCAGCCAGAGAUUUGACGAUUUCAGAAGCUGCAAAUACAGUUCCAAAUUUCUGUCUAGUGAAACUGGGAACAAGUCAUACCUUAAACCAGAAUCAUGACUACUAUUUUCAGGUGCAAGGGCAACUGUUGGUAACUGGAGCUCCUUUUUGCUUAUUUCUGGUGUAUACAAAGAAAGACAUGUUUGAAGAACAAAUACUGCCCAAUUUAAAUUUCAGGACAGAUAUGUACAAGAAGUUGUUGAGGUUUUACUCUCAGUAUGGCCCGAAGAGUAUAUCAUUACAUUCUCCUAGUGGAAGUGAAUAGGACAUACUUACUCUGUUCUUCAGUCUGGCUUGCAGAAUCACAACUGUGAGAAGAACCUUCUGGUGGUGAUGAGUCUGUAAUAUCACUGGGAAUUAAGCAAACACAGUCACUAUUUACUGUAACACAUGUCUUGAUUAACUUGUCCAGAUUUAUAAUUUAUUACAAUCAUUAUUUCUGUAUUCAUUUAUGUGACCAGAUUUAUAAAUUAACUUGCUACUAAUGGCAAGUGGUGUUGUGUAUCCAGAUUAAGUAAACUGUGCCAAAGUUCCUAUAAGCCUCAAUAAAUUUUAGCUGGACACUUAACUGUGUGAAUAUUCAGAGUUAAUAACACACUAAUGAAAUACUCUUGGUUAUUGUUUACAUAAUGAUAAAUAUUGUUCAUAUCAACCUACUGUGAUU